ACACAUUCGCAACCUCUUCAAGGUCGACCUCCGACUCAGAACCUUGUCCGCUUUAUGAAGGCAAAUCAAUGUUAAAAGCUGAGAGCGCCAAUUAGGUCCAAUGCGCGCGCGCAAACCAAACAUCUGCGAGCCAAAGGUCCGUCUCGCGCGCUCUUUGCUCGCUCGCGCGUUUCUUUUUGACAGUAACGGGGGAAGACUCAGUCACCAUGGUCUCUACAUCCAAUUGGUUACAAACCUCGUCUUUUGAUUGGCUGGAUUUUAUCUCUGUUGAGAGUUAUGCGUUCCCAGAACUAUAUAAGCCCAUUUGCGCACUUUAUAAAACAACAAUAACGGAUAGAAAGUCGAUUUAAGCUCUCUUGGAUUUUGACAUUGAUUUGCCUUCAUGCCUUUUGCUCACAUUUCUUUCACUUCUAAGUUUGAAGGCUACAGUGAACUCGGACGAUGGCGGUUAACUGGCCAGGACUGCUGUCCUUAUGCGUGUUUUACAUGAUGAUACUGGCCAUGGGUAUCUGGGCAUCCAGGAAGUCCAAACGCGAGGAGAAGAAAUGCACUGGCAACCGCAGUGAAGUUACAAUGGUUGGGGGGCGGAACCUAAACAUCUGGGUCAGCAUAUGCACCAUGACAGCCACUUGGGUGGGAGGAGGCUAUAUAUUGGGUAAUGCUGAAGUGGUCUAUGAUCCAACAAAGGGGUUGGUGUGGGCCACUGGACCCCUCGCCUUUUUCAUGAACUUAGUUUUAGGUGCACUCUUCUUUGUCAAACCCAUUCGGUCAAAGAAUUAUGUCACCCUGAUGGACCCAUUUCAGGAGAAAUACGGCGACAAAGUAGCGGCUGUUCUCUUCAUUCCCGCUCUCCUCGGCGAUAUCUUGUGGGUAGCAUGUAUCCUUGGUGCGUUGGGAGGGACGAUAAGCGUGGUCAUGGAUAUCUCCUCCGCGCUCGCCGUGUGCGUCUCCGCCGCUGUGGCUAUCGUCUACACGUUAAUGGGAGGACUCUACGCUGUGGCCUACACUGACGUCGUCCAGCUUAGCUUGAUGCUAGUUGGAUUGUGGCUCUGCGUGCCUUUCAUAUUGGCGAACCCCUCCUCUGCCAACAUCACGGUAGCUGCAGUGACCAAGCUGCACCAGGAGCCGUGGCUCGGCAGCCUGGAGCUGGAAGAAGCAGGUCGCUGGGUAGAUGACCUACUGCUUUUGGCAAUCGGUGGGAUCUGCUACCAGGCUUUCUACCAGAGAGUCCUGUCCACUGCCACUGAUGCGCAAUCAAAACUCACCUGCUAUGUUGCAGCAGUUCUAUGCCCAAUUCUUGCCAUCCCGUCACUCAUCAUUGGGGCAGCAGCUGCAUCUACAAAUUGGAACGAGACCAGCUACGGCUCCCCCGGCCCGUACCAACAAGGCAAAGCCGGCAUGAUCUUGCCAAUCGCCCUUCAGCAUCUUUGCCCAUUUUACGUCUCGCUGAUCGGCAUGGGAGCGCUUGCUGCGUCUGUGAUGUCAUCGGUUGACUCUGCCCUUCUGUCUGUCGCCUCCCAACUGGGCCGAAAUAUCUUCAAGAAUGUCAUCUACAAAGGGGCCUCGGAGAAACUGAUCCUUGCCGUGGUCAAAGGGUCAAUCUUCCUUUGUGGAACAAUAGGAGCAGGUCUGGCCAUGACAACAAAGUCCGUUUACCUGCUCUGGAUCGUCAGUGCGGACGUCCUUUAUUCAAUGCUGGCUCCCCAGGUGAUCUGCAUCUUCUACUUGUCCCGGCGGGUGAACCACUACGGCGCCUGUGCCGGCUUUGUGUUGUCCCUCCUGCUGCGGGCUCUGGUGGGGGAACCGCUGAUAGGCCUUCCCGACAUCCUGCCCCUGCCGUGGGACAAGACGGUGGACGGGCACCGGUACCGCCUGCUCCCCUUCCGCACUGCAAUCGUGCUCGUCACCAUGGCGACUGUUUUGGUGGUCUCGCGCCUUGCCUCGUGGUUGUCUGAGAAGGGGCUGCUGGCGAGAGCAAGUGACGCAGAAGCCGACACGGCCAUGAAGUACACGGCGCCGGUCGGAACGCACGAGGAGGAGGCCGAGAGAAAAUCCUCACUGACCGUGAGGACAUGAGCGCUUUGCUUGUGCAUCUUUGAAAUGCUCAUAAAAGGAAUAUUCAGAACAUUUGAUAUUACUGUGGUUUUAUUGUGGAAUCUUGAGCUUUUCGACCAUUUUCCUGGUGUUAAAAUAUUUUUCGACAAUUGGUGCUGUGAAACAUUCCAUUGUUUUUGGAAAUGUUACACAUGACAUUAGAUUUUGAACAUGAACUGGGUUUGUCUUAAGAACCCUUGGAUAGUCCAGAUGGCUUUAUUUAGUUGUCUUAGACGCUGUAAAAGACUUGUGUGUGUUUGUGCUUCUGGCUGCUGGUAGAAGCUCAGCGGCUUUUCUGGUUGCAGACAUGCACGAGUUGUGCGUGUUCUUUCAGCCACACCAGGUAUGCAUGUGCUGGUCAGGAAACAAAGACACCACGAUAAUAAAACAUCUGCGAUUGUU